UCAGCUUGACUGUGUGUGUCUGCUGAAUCAGGAGCAGUUUUUCUGAGAGUGGCAGGGCUCUUUGGAUUGAGGACUUAAACACUGGGGCUGAUGGCGGCUUCCUCCUCCUCCUCCUCCUCCUCCUCUUCUGGCGGAGAUCCGGAUCCCAACUCGACAAAUUUACGGCCACCCUCCUCAAACUAUGACUGGAGUGGAGUCGCUCAUGGAUGCACGAGGAAACUUGGAAUGAAGAUAUGUGGAUUUUUGCAGAAGAACAAUAAUGUGGACGACAAGAGUCGAAUUGUCAGGUUUAUUAACGAACAGCAGCCCAAGAGCAUUUUAACACGGGACAACGCGCGAGACGCUCGCUUCAGACGCGCAGAGACGGACUUCUCCAAUCUGUAUGCGCGAGAUCUGCUUCCUGCUAAGAAUGGCGAGGAGUAUACGAUGCAGUUCCUGCUGGAGGUGGUGGACAUCCUCACUAACUAUGUGCGCAAGACCUUCGACAGAUCCACAAAGGUGCUGGACUUCCAUCAUCCGCACCAGCUGCUGGAGGGAAUGGAGGGCUUCAACUUAGAUCUGUGUGAUGAGCCCGAGAGUCUGGAGCAGAUCCUGGUGGACUGCAGGGACACGCUCAAAUACGGCAUCCGCACCGGUCACCCAAGGUUUUUUAACCAGCUGUCUUCAGGUCUAGACAUCAUUGGUUUAGCUGGAGAGUGGCUGACUUCUACUGCCAACACUAACAUGUUCACAUAUGAGAUUGCUCCCGUGUUUGUACUGAUGGAACAGCUCACCCUGAAGAAAAUGCGAGAGAUCAUUGGCUGGCCAAAUGGAGAGGGCGAUGGCAUUUUCUCACCAGGAGGAGCGAUCUCAAACAUGUACAGCUUGAUGGUGGCACGGUAUAAACAUUACCCUGAGGUUAAAAUCAAAGGCAUGGCAGCGGCUCCCAGACUGGUGCUGUUCACCUCUGAACAUAGUCACUACUCUAUAAAGAAGGCCAGUGCAGUGCUGGGUUUCGGCACAGAGAAUCUGAUCUUGCUGAAGACAGAUGAGAGAGGUAGAGUGAUUCCGGCUGAUCUGGAGGCCAAAGUCAUUGAUGCCAAACAGAAGGGGUUUGUGCCAGUGUUUGUGAACGCUACAGCUGGAUCUACAGUGUACGGAGCCUUUGAUCCAAUCAGUGAGAUCGCUGACAUCUGUGAGAAAUACAACAUCUGGCUUCAUGUGGAUGGAGCAUGGGGUGGAGGUUUGCUGAUGUCUAGAAAACACAGACACAAGCUGAAUGGCGUAGAGAGAGCAAACUCUGUCACAUGGAACCCACACAAGAUGAUGGGCGUUCCACUACAGUGCUCCGCCAUUUUGGUCCGAGAGAAGGGUCUUCUUCAGGGCUGUAACUCCAUGUGUGCAGGAUAUCUCUUUCAGCCGGAUAAGCAGUAUGAUGUCACCUAUGACACAGGGGACAAGGCCAUACAGUGUGGCCGUCAUGUAGACAUCUUCAAAUUCUGGCUCAUGUGGAAGUCAAAGGGCACUAUAGGCUUUGAGAAGCACAUUGACAGAUGUCUGGAGCUGUCUGAGUAUCUCUACCACAAGAUACAUAACCGAGAAGGAUAUGAGAUGGUGUUUCAAGGGGAGCCCCAACACACUAAUGUGUGUUUCUGGUACAUUCCUCCAAGCCUGAGGCUUCUGCCAGAUGGAGAGGAGAAAAGACAACGACUUCAUAAGGUUGCUCCCAAGAUCAAGGCAAUGAUGAUGGAGUGUGGAACAACAAUGGUGGGCUACCAGCCUCAAGGCAAUAAGGUCAACUUCUUCAGAAUGGUUGUCUCUAAUCCGGCUGUAACCAGGUCUGACAUUGACUUCCUGAUCGAUGAGAUAGAAAGACUGGGGCAGGAUUUAUAGAGUGCACAGGGUUGGAUAUUCAGUAGAUGUUAGUAAAUUCUGUAGAAAUAUAGGAAAUGGAGAAGAUGUUUUGAAGCAAUGUAUCAGCUGGACAUUCCAGAGUAUGAGACCAAUGAGAUGCUCUAGAAUAAUGAACCUCUCUGAUGUUCUAGAAUGUUCCACUAAGAAACUGGACAUUCCAGAAUGCAGAGGUGGUGAGCUCUUAAAGCUAUAAUUUCAUAAUGAAGGAUCAGAUUUCCUCCUAUGACAUUAUAUGACCUCUCUUCUUCCCUUCCCCCUGUUCUCUUGUCUCCUGUCUAUUGUGUUCUUUCUAUUGUAACACUUAUAAGGUUCCCUUUCUGGUUAACUACAUUUGUUGACAUGAACUGACAUUGCCAAAAUACUUAAUGCAUAUUUUAAUCUUACUUUGUUAUUUUUAAUAUUUACAAAUGCAUCUAAAAUUAUUUAAUGGACCUGAGCUAACUUGAAUUAGCAAUGAGCAGUCGUAUAUUUAUGAACUAAGGUUAAUAAAGAUUGAUAAAUACUGUUAUAUUAUAACAGUAUAUUAUAUAUGUUAUAUUAAUAAAUAGUGCAAAUACUUUGCUCAUUACUUAAUGUCAAAUACUUGAUCCUGAUUGACUAAAGAAUGUUUUAGAGUUUUACACUGAAAACUGAAAAGCUGCAUGUCAUUCUCAGUAGUGAGAUGGUGGCGUUGCUGUUCUUGAAGCCGUUAAACUUACAGUCCUUGCAUCACCACCUAGGUGUGCAUUAUUUUCUAAUAAUUCAAGUGUCCAUUUUCAAUUAUUCAAUAUUCAAUUCAUUAACUCAUAUUAAGUGAUGAAACCUUUUUGUAGAGUGUUACCCUUUAUUUUAACAGGAAAUAUCAUACUAUAGAGCACAACUGUACAUUUAAGAAAUGUUCAUGGUUCAGUUCAAAUUAAGCUCUAUGACAGUGUCUGUGAUAAAAAAAAAUUUAAAAAAAAUUGUCCCUUUCUACAAAGAAAAGAAAAUUGUUCUUACAGUAUUGCUUUCUCAGUGGACAUUUAACAGGCAAGGCAUUGGAGUAGCAAUACCUCACUGUAUUAAAGUCACAGUCACAAUUACAAUAGAGAAACCUGCAGUUCAAAUAUCAUAAGAUAAGCACUUUAUUAAAAAACUGAGACUGACUUUUUUGUUUUGCUUUGCCCCAUAGACAUCCACUGUAAAUGCAUUAGACACAAUAUUUUUGUACAGACUGAGGGACAUAGAGCAUCAUUUUUCAACUGUGAACAUUUCCUUUAAAAUCCAGAACUAAUCUGAAUUCUUGAUAAAAAAAAAAAAAAAGUAUAAGAAUAUACAGUAAUAUACCACUAUCUAAGAGCCAUCUGGACCGUCCAUGUGAUUGCACAAAUGCAUAACUUCUUAGCUUUUAUGUCAUGAAGAUUAACUGAAGUAUGUACCAUUGUACCAAGUACUGUAUUGACACGCUGUGUUUUUAGAAUUUAUGACUCUUUGUGUAAAUUGUGAUUGUUUGUGACAAACAUAUAUCACAUAGUUUUACAGUAAGAAAUGUUUGAAUAGUGGUAAAGAUAUUAUUCUCUCCAAGUAUUUUCAUUUGUAUUUUGAGAUACAAUAUUAAUCUAUAUUAUUUAAAACAGUGCAUUAGAGAUUUUAAUUCAUUUAUCAACCAAAGACAUAAAAAAUUAACUCUGCUACAUUAUAUGGCCAGAAGUAUGUGAACAUCCCAUUCUAAUGAAUGGAUUUUGCUAUUCCAGUAACUCCAGUAAAGAAACAUUUCAAUGCUACACCAUAAUACCCGUCUAGAGAAGCGGUGGUGCCCAAAACAGGGACCACAUAUGGUUUACUAAGUCUGGUGGG